AUGACGAGAUUCUGGGUCUGUGUAGCCGGCACUGGCUUCUUUCUUGCGUUUCUGGUUUUCCAUUCUCGAUUUUGUGCCUCUCAGCUCCCGUUACCUCUUCACUUUGCUUUUAAAAUGUCCUGGAGAGCUGAGGAAGCCCUUUACCGGCUGGAUGUGGAUUGGCCUAAGUAUUCAGAAUACUUUACUGGAGCAACAUUUUGUGUUGCAGUUGACUCCCUCAACGGAUUGGUUUAUGGCCCACGACUCUACGGUCAUACUAUUAAAAAAUACAAUUCCUUUGGUGAUCUUGUUCAGGUUUUGGGUAUCCCAGGCAAAAAAGGCACUGGUUUAAAUCCCCUGCAGUUUGAUAACCCGGCAGAAUUAUAUGUAAAAGAUACAGGGGAUAUUUACAUUGUGGAUGGAGAUGGAGGAUGGAAUAAUAGGUUGAUCAAAUUGUCCCAAGAUUUCAUGAUCCUUUGGCUACAUGGAGAAAAUUGGACAGGGCCUGCUAAGUUCAGCAUUCCUCACAGUGUUACAGUUGAUUCUGAUGGUCGGGUGUGGGUGGCGGACCGAGGCAAUAAAAGAAUUCAGGUGUUUGAUAAAGGCACGGGGGAGUGGCUAGGAGCUUGGAAUAAUUGUUUCUCCAAAGAGGGACCUUCUGCAGUCAGUUUGACUCCCGACCGGAAGCACUUGAUUGUAGCCCAGCUGAAUCUGAGCCGGCGCUUACUCGUGGCGACGCCCCCGGUAGGAAGCAUUGGCCACUGUUCGGUGAUCAGCACGAUCCAGCUGGAGGAUCAGGUCUCAUCUCAUCUCUUAGACGUCAGUGGGAAGACUGGAGCCAUCUAUGUAGCAGAAAUUGGAGGAAAACAAGUACAAAAAAACGUCCCUGUGAAUAGCUAUUUCUCUUCAUUCGGUUCGUAA